GGGCAGGGGCGGUGGCGGCGGCCAGACCCCGCCCCACCCCGGCCUGCACCCUAUCGCGGCCGCCGGCCUGGUCACGCGGAGGGCUUUGCUGCUGGCUCCGGGCCAGCGCCCGCCGGCUGCGGGAGUCGCGGUGGGCUGGGGCUGGUGCUGGGACAGGGGCGGAGGAUAGGAAUAAGUACGGGCGGGCCGCUCCAGUUCCCCAGCCGCACACAGCCGACCCUAGCCACGCCGAGCGGCGCCGCGCCAGGCGGCAGGAUCCUGAGCACCCAUGCUGCUGACGCUGGCCUGGGGCUCUGUCUUCUUCCCUGGACUCUUCGCAUUUUGCACCUGGGCGCUGCGCCGCUCGAGGCCGGAAUGGACGGAGACCGACUGCGCGAUGAUCAGCACCAGGCUCGUUUCUUCGGUACAGGCUGUGCUAGCCACGGGCUCAGGGAUCGUGGUCAUCCGUUCCUGCAACGACGUGAUCAGCGACAGGCACUGGCUUGCCCGAGAAUAUGUUUGGUUUUUUAUUCCAUACAUGAUCUAUGAUACUUAUGCCAUGUACCUCUGUGAGUGGUACCGAACCAGAGACCAGAACCUCAGCCACUCCAGCACGUUCCGAAACUUCCUAAGUCAGAACCGCCUCAUGAUCACGCACCAUGCGGUCAUUCUGUUUGUCCUUGUACCGGUUGCACAGAGACUCCGGGGACACCUUGGGGAUUUCUUUGUUGGCUGCAUCUUCACUGCAGAAUUGAGCACUCCGUUUGUGUCACUGGGCAGAGUUCUGAUUCAGCUAAAGCAGCAGCACACCCUCCUGUACAAGGUGAACGGAAUCCUCACGCUGGCCACCUUCCUUUCCUGCCGGAUUCUCCUUUUUCCCUUUAUGUACUGGGCCUAUGGCCAACAGCAGGGGCUAAGCCUGAUCCAAGUGCCAUUCAAUAUCCCUUUCUACUGCAAUGUGGCCAAUGCCUUCCUCAUCGCUCCCCAGAUCUACUGGUUCUCUCUGCUCUGCAGAAAAGCAGCCCGACUCUUUGAUGUUCCCGAGGUCAAAAAGGAUGGCUAACCACUCUCGCGGGGUCAGGCAAAGAGGCUGCCUCCUCACCAUAGCUGCGUCUCACACUCAGCGUUCUGUGGACCAAAUUACUACCCUGGAUGGUCUCAGCCUUUAUAUAUUGAUAAGCAGAUGGAUUUGAGUUUUUCUAAAGAAGUAUUCACAUUGCCUCCCUCUUCUAACCUGC